AUGUCCUUCACUGAAGGAGACGCCAGGGGAGUAAAGCAGCCCCACAACGAUCCCCUGGUCAUAGUGCUGAAUAUAGAAGGGUUCAAUACCAAAAGGAUCCUUGUUGAUAACGGGAGCUCAGCGGAUAUCAUCUACUUCCCGGCCUUCCAGCAGCUGAGAUUAGAUCCAAAAAGGCUUCGCCCUUUUGACUCUCCACUCGUUAGUUUCAGUGGAGACAGGGUCUACCCCAGGGGUAUAGUGACACUGACAGUGACGGCAGGGACCUACCCAUUGCAAUUAACCAAACAAGUAGACUUCCUGGUGGUAGAUUGUCCCUCAUCCUACAAUGUCAUCAUUGGGAGACCCACCCUCAACAAGUGGAAGGCGGCAACGUCAACCUACUGUUUAAAGGUGAAGUUCCCAACAAACAACGGCGUGGGUGAAGUUAAAGGUGAUCAAGUCCUGGCAAGGGAAUGCUAUCAGGCCGUACUGGCAGGAAAGGAAAACCACACGUGGACGAUUGAAGAAAAAGAGGAAGACGGGAUGGAGACCUUGGAAACAGUGGAAUUGGUAGAAGGAAAUGCAGGUAAAACGACCAAGAUAGGGACGACGCUAAGCCCCGAGAUGAGAACAAGACUCAUAAAGUUCCUUAAAGAGAAUCUAGAUGUCUUUGCAUGGAGUCACGAGGACAUGCCAGGCAUAUCUCCAGAAGUUAUCCAACAUAGGCUGAAUGUGGAUCCCAGCAAGAAGCCCGUUCAGCAACGACGAAGAACCUUCGCCCCAGAGCGAGAUCAGGAAGUUGCAGAGGAAGUAACCAAACUCUUGACGGCUGGAUUCAUCCGAGAAGUAUAUUAUCCUGAAUGGCUUGCCAACGUUGUCCUGGUAAAGAAAGCAAACGGAAAGUGGAGAAUGUAUGUAGACUUCACCAAUCUGAACAAAGCAUGCCCAAAUGACAGCUUCCCUCUACCAAGGAUAGACCAACUCGUGGACUCCACCGCUGGACACAAGUUACUGACGUUCAUGGACGCCUUCUCAGGCCAGCAGAUUGGCAGGAACAUGGAGGUGUACGUGGACGAUAUGCUCGUCAAGAGCAAGGAAGAGCUCAAACAUCUGGACGACUUAGAGGAAACUUUUGCAACCCUCAAAAAACACCAGAUGAAGUUGAAUCCAAGCAAGUGUGCCUUUGGGGUAGCUUCGGGGAAGUUCUUGAGAUUCAUGGUGUCCCAAAGAGGAAUAGAAGCGAAUCCAAAGAAAGUACGAGCUAUCAUUGACAUGGCCUCACCCAAAACCGUCAAGGAUGUUCAAAAACUCACAGGAAGAAUAGCAGCUUUAAACAGGUUCGUCUCUAGGGCCACAGACAAAUGUCUGCCCUUUUUUAAGACACUAAAGCAGGCUUUUGCUUGGACCGACGAGUGCGAAGCGGCGUUCCAAGAGCUGAAGCAAUACCUGAGCAGUCCUCCUCUCCUAAGCCCGUCCAAAGAAGGAGAAAACCUAUACCUAUACCUGGCGGUGUCAGCCUCGGCAGUAAGUGCAACUUUGAUUAGAGAAGAGGGCAAGAAGCAACUCCCGGUUUACUACAUCAGCCAAGCUCUCCAAGGGGCUGAAUCCAGAUACCCAAGGAUCGAAAAGAUUGCGUUUGCACUGAUAGUGGCCUCGCGCAAGCUCAGGCAAUAUUUCCAGUCAAAUCCUAUUCUCGUAAUGACGGACCAACCAAUCAAGAAGUCAAUGAACCAGCCAGAAGCAGUAGGGAGAAUGGUCCAGUGGGCAAUUGAACUUAGUCAAUUUGACAUCGAGUACCAUCCCAGAACAGCGAUCAAGGCACAAGCUCUGGCGGACUUCAUCGUCGAAUUCACGUCCCCUGACGAAGACAUGAUUACAGACGAAGCAGAUAAACUAAUAAUACAGACUGAUGGUUCGUCAGCCCAAAAGAAGGGGGGAGUGGGGGUCAUCAUAACCACCCCAGACGGAGAAGUGCUGAAAUAUGGGGUCCAACUAAGGUUCCCAGCCACCAACAACGAAGCUGAAUACGAAGGAAUACUGACGGGACUGAGGCUUGGGAAAGCACUUGAUGCCAAGAAUUUGUUGAUCCAAAGUGAUUCAAAGCUAGUGAUUGGACAGAUCAGGGGAGAAUACGAGGCAAAAGAAGAAAGAAUGCAGAAAUACCUCAAGUUGGCAAGACAGCUAGCUCAGGAAUUCGAUACAGUGGAGUUCAUACAAAUCCCAAGAAGUCAGAAUAUGGGGGCUGACGAAGUCUCAAAGCUAGCGUCAUCAAAGGAAGAAGGGACUGGCACGAACCUGGCGAUGGAAGUCCAAAAACACCCUAGUAUCGAGGAAGUUGCAACCUUCGCCAUCCAGAGCACUGAUACUUGGAUAACGCCCAUAAUGUCCUUCCUCCAGGACGGGCACCUACCUCAAAACACCGAAGAAGCCAGAAAGAUCAAGAAGAGGGCAGCCAGAUUCACGAUCCUGAAUGACGUCUUGUACAAGAGAGGCUUCUCUAUGCCCUACUUGAAGUGUGUCGACGAGGAAGAGGCCAAAUACAUCUUGGAGGAGGUACACGGAGGAAUUUGCGGCGAUCAUGCCGGCUCCAGAUCCCUAGUAAACAAAGUGGUAAGGGCAGGAUAUUUUUGGCCAACCAUGCAGGUAGACGUUGCUGAGAUCGUCAGGAGGUGCGACAAAUGCCGACGAUACGGGAAUGUGCAGCGGCUUCCAGCAGAGAAAAUGACGACCAUAGCUUCCCCAUGGCCAUUUGCAUAA